GCACAACCGAUGCCUUCACUGAGACAGUGAGACAGAAGUUGCUUUAUUAUGCUGGCAUGCUAGCCAAAUUUUUUUUUUAAUUUUUUUUCCCCCCAACAAGACUUCUUGGAGACCUUGGCAUCCAAAAUGACAGGCAGAUCCCUGCAGUGCCUCUGCAGAAACGCAGGUGAUGCAGUGAUGGGGCCUGGGCAGGGGGCAGGGGAGGGGAAGUGGGAGGCAAAGCUUUUGCUGAACUUGGGGUUCACACACAGCCACGCAGGGCCCGGUUCUCCUGUGUAAGAUCACACCGGCUGGUCCAGGAGGAGCGGUGACAGACAUCCCAUCCCGUCCUGCCCCUGACACCCAGGAGACCCCCGGGACCGGGAGCAGACGGCGGGGGAGACCUCGCUUUGUUGCCAUGCGGGGGCAGCGGGCGAGCAGCGAGAGAUCCGCGGGUGCCCGGGAGCGCUGCAGCACCCCCCUUCCUCUCCCUUCCUCCUCCUCCUCCUCCCGGAAAGGAGGCCGGGCCCUUUUUCCCCGCCUAAGCCCUCACACACCGCCCACCGCCGCCGGAACAAAAGGGGCGGCUGCUGCUGCAUGGUGGCUGCCGAGCGCGUUUCCCCCGCUCCGCGCUGCGUUCCGCGCCGCUCCGCGCCAACAUGUCGGGCAGCGGCGGAGGCGACAGCAACAGCGCGGUAAAGAAAAGGACGCCGGCCGGCUCGACCUCCUCGCUUGCUCAGGAUGAAGAGAAAGAGGCGAUGGAGAAGAUGCUGGAAGCGGCGGGCGGUGGGGCGCAGGAGAACGGCUGCGCCCGCUCCCCCUCUCCCUGCGCCUCGGCCGAAGGGGUGACCCUGCAGCGCUCCAUCACGCUGCUCAACGGCGUGGCCAUCAUCGUGGGCACCAUCAUCGGCUCCGGCAUCUUUGUCACCCCCACGGGCGUCUUGCGGGAGGCCGGCUCGCCGGGGCUGUCGCUGGUGGUGUGGGCCGUCUGCGGGGCCUUCUCCAUCGUGGGUGCCCUCUGCUACGCCGAGCUGGGCACCACCAUCACCAAAUCCGGCGGGGACUACGCCUACAUGCUGGAGGUGUACGGCUCCCUGCCCGCUUUCCUCAAGCUCUGGAUAGAGCUGCUCAUCAUCCGGCCCUCCUCGCAAUACAUCGUGGCUCUGGUCUUUGCUACCUACCUGCUCAAGCCCAUCUUCCCCACCUGCCCGGUGCCCGAGGAGGCUGCCAAGCUGGUGGCCUGUCUCUGUGUCCUGCUCCUCACAGCUGUGAACUGCUACAGUGUGAAAGCUGCUACCCGUGUCCAGGAUGCCUUUGCUGCUGCAAAGCUGCUGGCGCUGGCUCUGAUCAUCAUUCUGGGCUUCGUGCAGCUUGCAAAGGGUGAUGUGACAAACCUGGCUCCUGAGCACUCCUUUGAAGGCACAAAAGUUGGUGUGGGGAACAUCGUGCUAGCUCUGUACAGUGGCCUCUUUGCUUAUGGAGGAUGGAAUUACUUGAACUUUGUUACUGAAGAGAUGAUAAAUCCCUAUAGAAACCUGCCUCUGGCUAUCAUCAUCUCCCUACCUGUAGUCACUUUGGUUUAUGUGCUGACAAACUUGGCUUACUUCACCACCCUGUCAACGGAGCAGAUGCUGACAUCUGAGGCAGUGGCUGUGGAUUUUGGGAACUAUCACCUGGGUUUCAUGUCCUGGAUCAUCCCAGUCUUUGUUGGCUUGUCAUGCUUUGGCUCUGUCAAUGGAUCUCUCUUCACUUCUUCCCGGCUGUUCUUUGUGGGAUCUCGGGAAGGACACUUGCCUUCCAUCCUGUCCAUGAUCCAUCCCAGGCUUCUCACUCCUGUGCCAUCCCUCGUCUUCACGUGUGUGAUGACCCUGCUCUAUGCCUUCUCCAACAACAUUUUCUCAGUCAUCAACUUCUUCAGCUUCUUCAACUGGCUGUGUGUGGCUCUGGCCAUCAUUGGCAUGAUGUGGCUGCGUUACAAGAAGCCAGAGCUGGAAAGACCCAUCAAGGUGAACAUCUGCCUGCCCAUUUUCUUCAUCCUGGCCUGCCUGUUUCUCAUUGCUGUUUCCUUCUGGAUGACACCAAAGGAAUGUGCCAUUGGCUUUGCAAUCAUCUUCAGUGGGAUCCCUGUUUACUUCUUUGGGGUCUGGUGGCAAAACAAGCCCAAAUGGGUUCUCCAAGGCAUCUUCUGUACCACAGUCCUGUUCCAGAAGCUGAUGGAAGUGGUUCCUCAAGAAUCAUAAGCAGGAAAAGCAGAGACACUCAGCUCGAGGAAACGCACAACCUUAUUUUAAGACAACACAAGGAGAAAACACUUCUGAUCCCUCUUCAAGGAAACCUAAGCACUGGAGCACCCCCUCCAUGGUGUCUGACACCAUGUCCCUGGCUCUGUCUUGCCUCCCCCAGCCCCUCCACCACCCCUGGCAGAUGAGGAGCCCUGCAGUGAGAAGUUCUUGGUACGAAGGUGGGGCAGGAGGAAGGAUUCCUGCCAGCCAUGAGUCCAAGCAGCAUCUGUGUGUGUGUCUGUGUGGGGCUGGGGGCUGGGCUUCAGUUCUGUGCUAGCCUGAUUGGGUUUGGGUCUGGGAUGCUCUAGAUGACCCUGGAUCUGUUCCUGAGCCAGGUUGGGGGGGUUGCCAGCCUUGCAGAUGUGCCUGGGGCACAGGGUGGUCCCGAGCCUGAUCCAUCUGCCUUACCUGGUCAAGGAAGGGCUGGUUGGGAGGCAAGGGUUGGCUGAUGUUGGUUCACACACACACACACACACACCAACUUGUACCAAAAUCUAUGCUGCUGGAUGCUUUGGACUCUUCCCACUGGCAGUGACUGAGGUGAGACAAGGCAGAGUGGAAUCAAGUGUCAGAGAAAUGGUGUGGGGAAACCUCAUCUGACUUUCACUGCCUUCCUGACAAGAGCACUGGGGGUCCCCUGCCACUGCCUGGCUUUUAACCCUUAGAUCCAAGCCCUCUCCCUGCUAUUGAGCCAAUCCUCUAGGAUGCUCUUCACCAGAAUGCCCACCCCAUCACCCUGGGAAUGAGCACUGAGGGUGGAGUUCCUCCUGAUAAACCCAGGGAAUUGCAAUCAGCAGAAAGCCAAGCCCUUGGCUUUGCCUCACUCCAUGUUUCCCUGUAGAUAAUCCAGCAUGGGGUGAGCAACCUUUUCAGAUGGCCCUGCUCAGUGCUUGCAGUGCCCUUCAUCUUUACCCCUAAACCAUUUGCAAAGAGAAAAGAAGGGUGGUAGGGGGGGUGGGAUUCCCUCAGCUGGGUCCCUGGGCUCUGGCUGAGCAUUCUGUCACCCUGCCCUCUGUCUCUUCUAGACCCUGCAGUGGAGAUGGGACCAAGUGGCUCUGGGGGUGUAAAAAGGGGCAGAUGUCCCCCAGGAUGUCAGCCUGCUGGUUUAGAUGGUGUCUUUGGCUUUCAGAAGCAGGGACUGAGGGUCUGGUCCUCCCCUGUGCAGAACUGCAGCAUCAGGUCUGGCUUGGGGAGGUGUCCCCAUCACCAUCUUCCUCUGCAGGGAGUGAUCUUUGAGCACAAACCUCUCCCCCCCAUGGGAAAUCUUGUUUUGCUCUUGUGGGUGGUUCAGUCCUAGCCCCUGAGCCCACCCCAAAUUCCUCUGUUUUCUCUGUAGUUGAGACUGUCCUCUUCAUGUUGCUUUAUUCAGCUUGUCAGCAAAGCUGCAGUUCUUCAAGAGUUUGCUCAUUGUGCCUCUGUGCUCAAGGUGAUAAUUGGGAAUCAAAGCAUCUUGUCCUCACAAGUGAGCUGCUUCAGUCUGAUCUUCUCUGUGCUUCUGCUUCGUGCUGGUCAGCUCUUUGUUCUCCACAUUUUUGUUAACUGAGCAGUUUGGAAGCCAGGAUCCUCCAAGAGCUGGUGCUUCCUACUGGAUUCUCCUCCUCCUCUCAGCAGAGGGUUUUUUUGGAUGAUGAGGCAUUAAGGAUACCAAUGGUACUAGCUCAUGCUUUCUCCUUUCAAGACAUUUUUUAGUUUAAAAAAAAAAAAAAAAGAAAAAAGUUAAAAAAAAAAAAGUAGGGUGUGUGUUUAAAGCAGGUGGCAGCUUCUGUUGAUGUGUGACAGUGCCCAUGGUUAUGCCAACAAGUGUCUCUGUGCAGCUCUUUUUUUUCCUUUGCCACCCAGGUGUCUGUGCUUUGGGGCAGUGCAGGAGGAGCAGGUGACAAUCAGCAUGCUGAGGACUUUGCUGUCAGGUUCCUUCUCUCCAUGGCAGCACAGAGAUGCCCCAAACCAGCUCAGGUGCCACUUGACACGUGGAUUGAGCUCCCCUGGAGCUCUUUUAACUCGUGGGGAACUGCAGUUGGGUUGGGGACAUCCACAGAAUGUCCCCAAAGAAGCCAAAGUCAAUGGCCAGUGCUUGGCUGUUCAGGGACCUACGUGCAAUGAGUUGGAGCAUCCCAGAUCCAGGUGCCUGCAGAGAGGCAUUUGCAUAAAUAAGGUUGUGAGCCAGAAAACCUGAGCUCAGUGUUUGGAAUCCCCUUCCAGCUGAAGAUAUCUUGGCAGGGUUUUUGAUGGGAAAUCAUUGCUGGACCUGGUUUGUGGAGCGUGAAGUCUCUCAGCUCCCCCUUGGUCUGCAGGUUUGGGUUUUUGGGUUGUAGUGAAGCUCAGGGUCAGCUUCCUGCAGGGCUUGGGUUCAGGGCAGGGACUUUCCUUGCCCAUGGGUACCAGCAGAAUUCAUUGUGAUGCAGAAGGAAGGGAUUUUAACUCACAUCCAGUGGAAAUCAGCACUUGAGUCCAAGCCAGAGAGCUCAGAAAUGGGUCCAGAUCUCCCAAAGGCAUGGGCUUGCUUGGUUUGGAGGUGUCUUCUGAUAUCUUGCAUCAGUGAUGAAGACCAUCACUACACUAUAGCCUCUUGUGAACCUUUCACAAUGGUUUCAAAGAGGAGAUGUCACACUGAGAAAUAUUUUUUUAUUGAUUAACUGAUUUUAAUUAAGCCCUUAACUCUCUUGCUUGCUCUUUAUGAGUUUUCAUGAGUUUUCACUUGCUGCUAAAGACCUUUUUCAUGUACUAACCUGCUGGCUCUGGUAUCAAUACUGUGUGUUUCCUGGUGAUCUCACCUGGUGAUCUCUCCAUGGCAAUAGAGGUGUAGGAAGAAAGUGAACCAGGUACCAGCCCAGAAUGACAAAAAUGGUGAAUUUGCUCAGCCACAGCUUGUGUCUCCAAAGCUUACCUUUAAAAAAAAACUGAUUUCUUUUAUCCCUGAUAAUUCCUCUCCACCAAAGCUUGGUGACAUGGCUGUUGAUCCCAGUAGUUCCCCAAUAAGCCUGUAAGGGGGUGGUUUAUUUUUUUUCUGGAGGUUAGGGAGAUAAUGAUUAAGAGGGUAAACUAAAAUCAUUUUAUGGAGAAAACUAAAGAAUUUUUUAGUCCAAAGAGUGAAGUGUUCCACUGCUGCCAAGUGCAACAGCUUGUAAGCCAGAUCAGCAGCCAGGUUGGACUGGAUGAUCUUAAAGAUAUCUUUUUGCCCAAAAUAUUGUGUGAGUAUCUGGUGUAUCUUGGCUGUGCUCAGCUGGAUUUUGGUGUGGAAAAAAAAAGAAAAAAUGAUAAUACACCCCCAGGAAAAGCCUCCUUGCUCCUCCAGUGUGGAAGAAGAUGUGUCACCAGGGGAGCAACAGGGACUGUACAGAAUAUUUCCUAUUGUUGCCAGCACUGACUGUGGGGUUUCUGUUGUUCCUCUGGCUCCCUGAGCCCCUGAGCAGUCACACCUCUUGCUACCCCCCCAAGGGAGGGAAAGGAAUUUGCUUCCCUAAACAGUAGCUCCAGUUAAACAAGGUACCACAUGAAUCCAUUCCAUAUGACAGUAUUCUGGAAGUACAGCCCCAGCCAGCAUGCUGGGGGAGCUGUAAACUCCUUUUUUUAGGUUAGAAAACACCUUUCAGAUCCUCCAGUCCAACCCUGGGGCUGUGGCUCUGUGUUUCUGUGAGCAGUGGCUGUGCCCCAGCAGCCCCUUGGUCCUUCCCCUAACCCCCCCUUCUCUGUUAGUGCUCUUUUUGCCUUGUUUUUAAGGAUUUAGAGUCCCAGGCAGUCGGUGCUCAUGGCACAGCAUCCCACAGGGGCUGCUAAACAGAACAGGGAGUUCAGAGCCAGCAGCCAGGUGCUUCCUUAUGCCUUGGGUUCCUCUUUCUACAUGAGAAAUCUUCUUCCCAACUCAGAGGGGAACCAAAUGCUCCUGGCCAAAAAUAUGGGAGGGGGGAGUUUAAAGUCACCCUGGGUGAUUUUUUUUAUAUUUUUUGGUUUUAACUUCCUGCAGUCUUCGUGGUGUUUUCCAUCCCAGACACUGUGUUGUGGUAAACACACUUCUGGUUUUUAAUGGUCUGCUGAGUCCAAAGGGACUUUGUCAUUGUCAGACAAACUUUUAAGACCCUUCAGCUGGUUUGAAGCUCCCAAGAAGCAGCUCCAAGCCCUCUCCCUGGGUGGGAGCUUGGGCUAGGGAAUGAAUCUGGCUCCUCCAGGGGCUCCUGCUCUGGGUGUGGAGCCCCUGGAGCUCUUCCCCAUGGCCAUGACUUCCAACCAUGGAAAGCUGGGAACACCACCCAACCAUGGUGGUGGUGGUGGUGGUGGUGGUGGCAGAGUCCUGGUCCUGCUGUGGGGAAGCAGAGGGCAGGGGUUCUCUGAGGCUGGGAAGGUACCUGUGCCUUCAGCUCCAGUGUCCUCGGGCUUGAAUCAAAACUAAAAAAUUUGUUAAGAAAAAAAAAAACAACACACAAAAAACCGAAAAAAAACAAGACAAAAACCCAACAAACCAAACAGGAAGAAAAGAGCCAAGUGCUGUCGUUACGCAAGGCUUCUUGGGGCUGUUUCUGUGGGACAGCAGCUCUUCCAUCCCCCACUUGCACAACUCCCUUCCCAGUGCCAUCAAAGGGACAGGCGAGGUUUGGCCGCAGAGCUGGGACAAAGCUUCCUCCUGGAGCUUGGGAAAGGGCAGCCCUGGGGCUCAGAUGGCUCCAGCUCCCCCCAGGCCUCGGGUCUGAGCUCUGCCAGCCGGCGCCACGACCUCAGCAGAACCCCAGGGACCUCAAUUGCAGCUUUGUGCCAGCUCUGAGCAUCUCCAACCUGGCUGGAGCCAGCCCCACUUGGCUGCCCUCCAGGAAACUGUGGGAAUUUUGUUCCUCUGCCUCCCCCCAGGACCUUUUCUGGCCCAGGGCAUCCCCUAAGACCUCGGUGUUGAGGGAUGCUCAAAGGGCUCUUCCUUGGUGGGUCCAUGAGGAGUUGCAGCUGUCCAGGCAGCCUCAGGAUGCUUUUCCCUGGAAGUUUCUUCCCAGUUUACACAGUUCCAACAGGAGCUGGCAGCUGGGGUGUGGGAUGUUGCUGGGAGCCCAAACCAAGUGCCCUUCAGCUGCACGUAGGAAAUGUGGCUUGGAUGAGGUCACCCUGAAGGAAGUGAUGGCCAGAAAAGUAUUUCUUUGCUUUUUUAGCCCCCCGUCCCUUGUGUGAGAAAGGGUGUUGCUUCCUCCAGCUGGUGAAGUGUUGGUGAGGAAAAUAAAAUAAAAUUAUAUAUAAUAUUUUUUUAAAUAUUGAAUUAAUUUUUAAAUGGCCUAGAAGAGACUUCAUGCCUAGAUCAUUCCCUGUGGGGGAUUUUCAUCCCUGUGCAGAUGCUCUCCUGCAUCCUAUCCAUCAGGACAAGGUGCUGGGGGGGCUGGCUGCUGCUCCUGCACUGGGAUGAAUUUCACACAGAAGGGGAAAAAAAAUCCUGAUUUGUUCAGAGGACAGGGUGAGGUCCAUGUCCCACCUAAAUCCUUGCAGAGGAAGAACUUUGAAGUGGUACCCAGACCUUGCACUGGCCCACAGAACAAAAGGAGGGUGAAGUUCACUUCUAGUGAAUAAUCUGACUUUUCAGAGCUACCUUUUUUCUGAAGUUUGUAUUUUUGUUGGUUUGGGUUUGUUUGUUGUUUUGGUUUUUUUUAAACACAGAGGGGGUGGGGGGUAAAAAAGAAAGAUCCUAACACAGAGAAAAUCUAGACCUGAUUUACAAUUUUGUUAUAUCUGGUUGCUCUAAAAAUGUUUUACUAAUUUAAAUGUUGCUAUAGAGGACAUUCUAUUUAUUUUAAGGGGUAAAUAUCUUUUAGUCUUAAUACUUCUACAGAAAGUGCUGUCUGUUCACAAUGUUUGUGUUCCUGGCAACACAGCAAUUCCACAACUGUUUGAGUGCUGGUCAGCCAGUAGUAACUUAAUCAAAUUGCCUUGUAAAACAAGAUAUCUCCUGCAAUGUAUUUUUUUUUUCUAGUAUUUCUUGAUUCUUUUAUGUCCGUGGUUAACAAAUUUGUUCAAUGUCUGGGUUGUUCUAUGUUUUGGGUUGCUGGUUUUUUUUUUAACAAAGAAAGCUGAAUCACAA